AUGCGGGUAACACAUAUCCUUGGUUGGCUCGCGUGGUCGCUACAUGCCUCAGCGACUAUUCUGCAAAAUGGCCAGGAGAGGGAAGACCCGUGGCCGGGACAGGCGUCCGUGAUCACGCUGGACGACAGCUGGAAAACAUACGAGGCGGAUGCGCCGGAGAUCGCUUUUAAAGGCCGCUGGGAUAGCAAACAUGUUUCUUCGCCGGGGAUUAAAACAGAAUUCACUGGAAAUAAGCUUGCUGUGAGCUUCGGGUCCAGUACCAACGAUGGCGCCCUCGUCGCCUACCGUGUUGGAAACCUUGACUGGCAGUAUUCGAAUGUCACUGCCGACGCUACCUAUCAAUUUGUGGGGGACACCUCAGAACUUGGAGAGGUGCCUGCGGACACCGGCAAGGUGUUUGAGAUGCGAGUUCAGAUUGCAAGCGUCUCGUCGGCGGGUGACGCGCAUCUUAACGUCCCUCCACGGUUCGAGAAGAAGGUUGAGGUCAUCGGUGGAUCCGUCGCUGCAGGACAGUACGGAACUUACGAGACUCUCUCGUCGUGGUCGUGGUUGCUUGUCGCCGGCCUGGGAAAUGUCGAGCACACUAUAACGGCCUACCCCGGCGUAUGCCUUGUCGAUAAGCAAUGCUAUGGUGGUCAAUCCCACGGCAUAGGCUGGUACUGGCAUAGGGCAUCCGAUCCAGGAAGCCGAGCUCGUGCAGUUUAUGGGGAUGAGCCCGAAGAAUUCGACGUGAAGGGUGACCAGGCCACAGAUCUGUUCCUCAUUCAGAUGGGAGGAAACGACCACCGACACCCCAACGAAAUUCCUGGUCGCAAUUAUUACCAUGGCUACAUCGAUUUGAUUGAUGACCUUCACAAAACUCACCCACAUGCUACUGUUCUCCUCGUGUCACAAUGGGGCUCGUGGAAGCAAGAUGGCUUGUCUUUCGUCCCGAAUGAGGUCUAUGAGGAUGAACACCGCGCUAUUCACGAACAUUACAAAGACCAAGGGUUCGUCUACUAUUUUAGCACCAAGGGUCUCUUGCAACACAACGAUAUCAACCCUAAGAACCACCCGACCGAUGUCGGUCACAUCAAGCUCGCAAGCCAUCUGCUACAGUGGGUCAGAUUGGUUUUGAGAUGGGAGCUUGAACCUCUUGGAGAGGUUACCCACGGAACUCUCUACUGGAACAACCAGCAAGAGUAUUAG